AUGCAAGUUAGAGAUGCAAUCGUUGAAAUUGGUGACUGGAUUUUCUAUUUUUGCUUCGGAUUUUCCAUGUUUCUGUUGAUGCUGAAUCUGUUGGAUGCGUUUAUUGGACCCGUUUGUUUAGUCAUGGACUGCAAAGAUUACUCACAACCACAGGAAUUCCAUCGUCGUUACCAUCAAAAGAAACGAAUGGCUCCCUUCUCAUCUGCUUACAUGGAUCAAGGUCCCACGUCGUCCAAUAACAACGGUGAAGCGCCUUGCGACAAAAAAAUCGCACAAUAUCCCGGCAUGUCAACCGGAUCGAGCAAACAACGUGCCUCAAGUAUCGCCAUGAAAGCCGCCAUGGAAGCAAAAGCUGCGAGUGAUGCUCAACAAGUGGCCGGCGCCCAAGCUUCGCAUCAAGUCAAAGCUCAACUCGCGGAAAAAGCGUUGCAAGCAGCAAAAGCCGCCGAAGCUGCGAUGGCUGGCAAACAAGCGAUCGUCGAGCAACUCGAACAAGAAGUUCACGAAGCCGAAGCCGUUGUCCAAGAAGAGUCCCAGAGUUUACAACAAGCGCAAUCGAACGUAAAUGCCGCCAUGCAAGCAGCUCAACAGGCAACAACUCAACUGAAAACUCUCACAGGCGCGAUUCAAAUUGCUCAAGCCAACGUCGCCAAUUCGGAACAAGCGGCACAAGGAGCUCAAUCAGAGUUGCAGGAAAAAACGCAACUUCUUGAAGCAGCAAAAAAUCGCGUCGAACAACUUUUAAGACAACUCAGUGCGGCACGAAGUGACUUUGCGAACACCAAACAGGCAGCUUACAAGGCAUCGGCAGCAGCGCACGAAGCAAAAGUCAAUGCAUCACGUAACCGGAGAAUGUUGCUGCGACGCAUGAGGGAGGCAGACGCACAAAACGACGACGAAGAAGGACAUUGCCCAGGCGCUCGUAAUUGA